UUGCUGCCGGAAGAGUCUGAUGCUUCUGCCGAAAGCUCUAGAUCCAGCAUGGCUGGCAGCAUGUUGAUACGAGUUUGUUGCCGAACGGCAAUUUCUUUGUUGAGGGGGUCGUCUGGAGUGGGGCGCCUUAACAGUUGCACCAUCGCCCGAACGAAGCAAUGUUAUUCCGUUGGUAACUUCUCAACGAGUAGUCCUUCUGUACGAUAUUGGAGACGAGUAGCUGGCAGUAGUUGGACGCUUAACUGUCCAGCAACGGGCGAUGUUACCCAAUGCACCCAGCGGAGGCAUCUUCGGGGCUUCGGGAACAGGAGCGGAGGUAGUAACAACAACAACAGCAGUAGCAGCGCCUAUUCAAGCGAUGACAACCCUGAUAGCAGCGGAGGGGACGAGUCGGGGGACGCGGGAGAAGGAGGGGGCUAUGCUGCCCCUGUGAUGACAGCGCUAACCCCGAUGACAGUGCCUGAAGUUUUCCCCAACGUGCCUCUAAUUGCCGUCUCCAGGAACCCCGUGUUUCCUCGCUUCAUCAAGAUCAUCGAGGUGAAGAACAAAACCCUCAUGGACUUGCUGAGAAGGAAAGUUCGGCUUGCCCAACCAUAUGCCGGUGUGUUUCUCAAGAAAGAUGACAGCAAUGAGUCGGAUGUGGUGGGCAACCUGGAUGACAUUUAUCAUACUGGAACGUUUGUGCAGAUCCAUGAGAUGCAGGACCUGGGAGACAAGUUGCGCAUGAUCGUUAUGGGACACCGCAGGAUCCGCAUCAACAAGCAGUUGGACCCUGAACUAGAAGAACAGCAGCAGCUGGAUGCAGAUGAUAACAAGCAAAAGGCACGAAGGAAGAGCAAGCGCCCCAAAAAGGAAUUGCAGGACCUUGGAGAAGCCAUGGAAGAGAAGGUGCGACAAGUAGAACUUGUUAUUGAAGCAGUGGAAACUCAAGCCAACCCAGAGGUUCUCAUGGUGGAAGUAGACAAUGUUGUCCAUGAGGACUUUCAGGUUACUGAGGAAGUCAAGGCUCUGACUGCAGAAAUUGUCAAAACUAUACGGGACAUCAUUGCCUUGAAUCCAUUAUACAGGGAGUCAGUUCUACAGAUGAUGCAGGCUGGGCAAAGAGUUGUUGACAACCCCAUCUACCUGAGUGACAUGGGGGCAGCACUGACUGGUGCAGAGUCACAAGAGCUUCAAGACGUCUUAGAAGAAACCAAUAUCCCAAAGAGGUUGUAUAAAGCUCUGUCUCUCUUGAAGAAGGAAUUUGAGCUCAGCAAACUCCAACAGAGACUUGGCAGAGAGGUUGAAGAGAAGAUAAAGCAGACCCACCGCAAGUACCUCCUGCAGGAGCAGCUGAAAAUCAUCAAGAAGGAGCUCGGCCUAGAGAAAGACGACAAGGAUGCCAUUGAGGAAAAGUUUCGUGAGCGGCUAAAAGAUCUACAGGUGCCCAAGCACGUCAUGGAUGUAAUUGAUGAAGAGCUAAACAAAUUGGGACUUUUGGAUAACCACUCUUCUGAAUUCAAUGUAACUCGGAAUUACCUGGACUGGUUGACUUCAAUGCCCUGGGGGAAAUGCAGUAUGGAGAACCUGGAUUUGAUCAGAGCAAAGGAGGUCCUGGAAGAAGACCAUUAUGGAAUGGAAGAUGUGAAAAAGCGCAUUCUGGAGUUCAUUGCGGUGAGUCAACUUAGGGGCUCAACACAGGGCAAGAUCCUGUGUUUUUAUGGUCCCCCUGGUGUAGGAAAAACCAGCAUCGCCAGGUCCAUUGCCAGGGCGUUGAACCGAGAGUACUUCAGAUUUAGCGUGGGUGGAAUGACUGAUGUGGCAGAAAUCAAAGGACACAGGAGAACAUAUGUUGGAGCCAUGCCGGGAAAAGUAAUUCAGUGCCUCAAGAAGACAAAAACGGAGAAUCCCCUAGUCCUUAUUGAUGAGGUUGAUAAGAUUGGCAGGGGCUACCAGGGUGACCCUUCAUCUGCUUUGCUAGAACUUUUAGACCCUGAGCAGAACUCAAACUUCCUAGAUCAUUAUCUUGAUGUUCCAGUUGACUUGUCCAAGGUGUUGUUCAUCUGCACUGCCAAUGUCACUGACACUAUUCCUGAGCCUCUCAGAGAUCGGAUGGAGAUGAUCAACGUUUCAGGAUAUGUAGCACAAGAGAAGCUGGCUAUUGCUGAGCGAUACCUGGUCCCACAACUGAGAGCACUGUGUGGACUGGAUGAGGAGAAGACGAGCAUCACAUCGGAGGCACUGACCGUCCUCAUUAAGCAAUACUGUCGCGAGAGUGGUGUGCGAAACUUACAGAAGCAAGUAGAGAAGGUUUUCAGAAAGUCAGCGUAUCGCAUUGUGAAUGGGGAGGCCACCUCUGUCCAGGUGACGGUAGAAAAUCUCCAGGACUUUGUGGGCAAGCCCAUCUUCACUGUGGACAGGAUGUAUGACAUCACACCUCCAGGGGUUGUAAUGGGAUUGGCAUGGACUGCUAUGGGUGGCUCCACUUUGUUUAUUGAGACAUCCUUACGCAGACCACUUGCCAAAAGAGGUAAGGAGGAGAUCAAAGAAGGGUCAUUGGAAGUGACGGGACAGCUGGGAGAUGUCAUGAAGGAGAGUGCAAAGAUCGCUUAUACCUUCGCCAGGUCAUUCUUAAUGAAGGAGGAUCCAGAAAAUGACUUUCUGGUAUCAUCCCAUCUGCACUUGCACGUUCCUGAGGGUGCCACCCCAAAAGAUGGUCCCAGCGCUGGCUGUACUAUCGUCACAGCACUUCUCUCUCUGGCUAAAAACAAGCCAAUCCGACAAAACGUAGCCAUGACUGGUGAGGUGUCCUUAACUGGGAAGAUACUGCCAGUGGGUGGAAUCAAGGAGAAGACCAUUGCGGCAAGGAGAGCCGGAGUGCAGUGUAUCCUCCUGCCAGAAGAAAACAAGAAGGACUACUCUGACCUUCCCGAGUUCAUCACUGAAGGCCUGGAGGUGCACUUUGUGGAACACUACCGGCAGAUCUAUGACACUGUGUUUUCUACAGAUUGAGUCGUCCUUUAAACCUGGCGAGGGUCUGGGAGGGGCACCCGCACAACACCCAAGGGUGGGUCUACAGUUCUGUCUGCAAGUGUUGUGCUGAACUCAAGGACCACGAGAGGGAUGGGAGCACCGGAAGGACCCUUUUUGUUUUUUUAAAGUCUUACAGAAUCCGUGAAGCCUUAUAGCUUUAGACAUCACUUCCUUUAGCUCAGUAAAGGCCGUCGAUCUGGAAGCUGCCUUAAUUAAGUCUGCGGCAGUGACAUUUUUAAAACCAUCUUUGCACGUUUCAGCAUCUCAUUAUGGAAAACGGGAUACAAAAAUUGGAUCAUUUUGGAACUGAAAGGCGGAUGCUCCAAGUUAGGAAGGCAGACAUUCUGUUUAUACAUUCAUGCCCUGAUGGAGCCUCAAACCCCAUUUUUUUUAGGUGCGUGUGUCCCCAUACCCCACACCAGAGGGUCCGGGAUCACUGGUUGCUAGAAUCGAAAAAUCAAAGGUAAUGCUACUACGUAGUGCAGACUUCAGCACUUAGCUGUAUAGUAAAUUUCAAUUUUUGUAUUUAAAAGAAAACACAAGUACUGUCCAGCUUUAAUAUUAAACUAUGUAUUCCCUAUUUUUCUGCGAUUACUGCGUCUGAACAAGUCCAUUUUUAUUAAACCAACGUGCUGCGUUGUUCUCUUCUGUUCUUACUGCAGCCACCACGAAGCAGGGCUGACCUUGACAGCAGAGAUUCCUUUCAUUAGUUUUUCCCCAUCCGUGUGGUGCCCCUGCUUCAGUGGAGGGGUCACUCUGUGCAUUUCACUCAAUUCCAUGUUCUAAUUUAGGGAGAACUGGUCCUUCUGCGUUGGGCCAUUGAGUAAGACCCUUAAUCUGAAUAUUGCAGAAUGGCUGACUCAGACCCCAAAAAGGCAAAUUUCUCAGCAAAGCGUCAAAAUAAAAAAAUAUAUAUUGUAUUACAAUCUUUGUGGUGCAGCCUUAGCAUUAGGAUCAGGAAACUAGAAAACGUCACCCCGCGUUCAGGGUGUCAUGAAGUCGUGGCCAUCUACUGCCAGCUGCGAGUGGAUGUAGGAUGCUUCACGGCUACUUCUCAUGUCUUAUGCUGAAGUGGGACAAAUUCUGAUCCUAGUGUGACUUUUAGUGCCAUUCCUACGAGUAAUUGUGCCAUGCUUGACGACUAUAUGCCCAGAACAGCCCACAUUUCACCCAUGGUGGUCCUCCUCUCAUCCUUACACAUCUCUGAGCAGUAUUUGCCUCCGUUGUGGUCCAAACCAGGAGGACUAACCUGCUGUCCAUUUGUGGUGCUCAGACAUUGCUGUCCAGGUUAAGAAAUUGGCUGUAAGCGUUUCCACGUGACAAUUAGAAUUGUGUGUGCCAUUUUGAAUGGGGGUGUUCCCCAAAUUAAAACACUUUUCACUUUUAGAUAAUCGUGUCUAACAUCGAGAACUGGGUGUAGUGUUGUAUGAAAACACGCCUUAUGAAAUUGUAAAACUGAAUGCGACCCUGAAAAUAUUAUUACUGUUCAGCCGACUAAGAAGCAGCUAUUCAGAUGGCCUCUCGAUUGUAACUCUGUUGGAAACUGCAAUUUCAUUAACAUAAUAAUGAAACAUUUUGAAACUC